UGCCGUCGAGCGUUUGACAGCAGCUUGCCUGUCCCGUAUUGCAGUGUGGGCCAACGGAGCUGCUGCUUGUGCUGGUAGUAGCGUGGAGCAGAGGCCUUUGCCUGAUCUGAGACCUGCAGCUCAUGUUGUGUUACAGAACAGCUGGUAAAGUUAUUUCCCCUAGGUCAUGCCUAAAGUUAGAAUGGGAGUGUUAGAAGGCGAGGUGGGCUCAUCCACUGUGUUCACUUAGCCCUGCACGGUGGCGUGGAAUGGGCCUCAAAAUGAGCCCAGAAAUGAGGGAUGUAGGUGUCUUGUGUCUGUGUGCCCUGCUUCACUAUUUCCCUCUGACUUCAAAGGAGGAAGAGGAGGAAGACAGCAGUCCUGGAGUGUCCUUCUCGCUCUCUUCAGAAGAGUCGGAGAUGGAGCCCGAGGAAGAAAGGAUCCGCUACAGCCAAAGACUGCGUGGCACGAUGAGGCGGCGUUACGAAGACGAUGGCAUUUCCGAUGAUGAAAUUGAAGGGAAGAGGACGUUUGACCUCGAGGAGAAGCUGUCCACCAACAAGUUUAACUCCACCUUCGUGGUCUUCAUGGAAGGCAAAGACUUCACAGUUGAAUACAUCCAGCGGGGCGGCCUGAGAGACCCUCUCAUCUUCAGGAGCUCUGACGGCCUGGGAAUAAAGAUGCCAGAUCCGGACUUCAGCGUGAAUGAUGUGCGGCUGUGUGUUGGGAGCCGACGGAUGGUGGAUGUCAUGGAUGUGAACACGCAGAGGGAUAUUGAGAUGUCCAUGGCGCAGUGGGCACGCUACUAUGAAACACCGGAGGCCGAGCGGGAGAAACUUUAUAAUGUGAUCAGCCUGGAGUUCAGCCACACCAAACUGGAGAACCUGGUGCAGAGACCUGCUACGGUGGAUUUGAUUGACUGGGUUGAUAACAUGUGGCCCAGACACCUGAAGGAGAGUCAGACAGAGUCUACGAAUGCUAUCCUGGAGAUGCAGUAUCCAAAGGUGCAGAAAUACUGUCUGAUGAGUGUCAAGGGCUGCUACACAGAUUUCCACGUGGACUUCGGUGGUACUUCUGUGUGGUACCACAUCCACCGAGGGGGAAAGAUCUUCUGGCUGAUCCCUCCUACGCCCCAGAACCUGGAGCUCUAUGAAAACUGGCUUCUCUCAGGGAAGCAAGGAGAUAUUUUUCUUGGGGAUAGAGUGUCAGAGUGCCAGCGCAUUGAGCUCAAGCAGGGCUACACGUUUGUCAUCCCCUCAGGUUGGAUCCAUGCUGUGUAUACUCCCAUGGACACACUGGUUUUUGGAGGCAACUUCUUACACAGCUUCAACAUCCCUAUGCAGCUCCGGAUCUACAGCAUCGAAGACCGCACGCGGGUCCCAAACAAGUUCCGUUAUCCCUUCUAUUACGAGAUGUGUUGGUACGUACUGGAGCGCUACGUCUACUGCAUCACCAGCCGCUCGCAUCUGACCAAGGACUUCCAGAAGGAGUCGCUCAGUAUGGAUAUGGAGCUGAGCUCCUCAGACUCAGUAAACAUGGAAGAGGAGGAAGAGGAAGAGGAGGAUGAAGAUGCAGCAGGGAAGGAACCCAGGCGACCGGUCACAAGGCGGUCCAUUCUCACCAGCCCCAUAGCCAAUGGUGCCAAUGUGGACUAUGAUGAACUGGGCAAGAGCUGCCGGAGCAGCCUGCCAGGUCUGAAGAAGACCCCAUCUAUAGACUCUUCCGACUCCAGCCGGGGUUCCCAAAACGGUCAGGCCUGGGACCCGAAUGGUGGCAGCCCACGCAAGAGCAGGAAGGUGCACCUGACACAGUUUGAGCUGGAGGGGCUGCGCUGCCUCGUGGACAAACUGGAAUCGCUCCCUCUGCACAAGAAGUGCGUUCCCACCGGCAUUGAGGAUGAGGACGCUCUCAUCGCUGACGUCAAGCUGCUGCUAGAAGAAUACGCGAACAGCGACCCCAAACUGGCACUUACAGGCAUCCCCAUCGUCCAGUGGCCCAAGAGAGAUAAGCUGAAGCUCCAGGCCCGGCUGAGGGUGCGCCUGCCCACCAUCCCCAUCACCAAGCCACACACCAUGAAGCCAACCCCUCGCCCAACGCCUGUCAGGCCUACAGUCUCUCCCAUCGUGUCAGGAGCCAGGCGGAGGCGGGUGCGGUGCCGAAAAUGCAAGGCUUGCAUGCAGGGCGAGUGUGGCAUGUGCCACUACUGCAGGGACAUGAAGAAGUUUGGCGGGCCUGGCCGCAUGAAGCAGUCCUGCGUCCUCCGGCAAUGCUUAGCGCCCAGGCUGCCUCACUCGGUCACGUGUGCACUUUGCGGGGAGGUGGAUCAGAAUGAAGACUCGCAGGACUUUGAGAAGAAGCUCAUGGAGUGCUGCAUCUGCAACGAGAUUGUUCACCCUGGCUGCCUGCAGAUGGAUGGGGAGGGGCUGCUCAAUGAUGAGCUCCCUAACUGCUGGGAAUGCCCCAAGUGCUACCAGGGUGACGACGCAGAGAAGGGCCAGAAGCGGAAGGGGGAGGAGAGCGACGACGACACGGCGCAAUCAACGCGCGGGGGCCGGGCGCAGGAGGGCGAGGAGAGCUGGAUGCAGCGCGAGGUGUGGAUGUCCGUCUUCCGCUACCUCACCCGCAGGGAGCUCUGCGAGUGCAUGCGGGUGUGCAAGACCUGGUACAAGUGGUGCUGUGACAAGAGGUUGUGGACAAAGAUAGAUCUGAGCCGGUGCAAGUCCAUCACCCCCCAGGCGCUGAGCGGCAUCAUCAAAAGGCAGCCGGUCAGCCUCGACCUCAGCUGGACCAAUAUCUCCAAAAAACAGCUUACGUGGCUCGUCAACAGGCUGCCAGGCCUGAAAGACCUCAUCCUAGCGGGCUGUUCCUGGUCUGCGGUCUGUGCUCUCAGUACCUCCAGCUGCCCCCUUCUCAGGACCCUCGAUCUUCGGUGGGCAGUAGGAAUCAAGGACCCUCAGAUCCGGGACUUACUCACGCCUCCGACAGACAAACCCAGUCAGGACAAUCGCAGCAAACUCCGCAACAUGAUCGAUUUCCGGCUCGCCGGCCUGGACAUCACUGACGCCACGCUGCGGCUGAUCAUCCGCCAUAUGCCCCUGCUCUCCCGCCUCGACCUCAGCCACUGCAACCACCUUACCGACCAGUCAGGCAAACUCCUCACCGCCCUCACUCUUCCUCUUACCUCCCCCGCAGGCUGCAAUAAGCUGACGGACCAGGCCUUGCUGUACCUGCGCCGCAUCUCCAACGUCACUCUAAUCGACCUGCGAGGUUGCAAACAGAUCACCCGCAAAGCCUGUGAGCACUUCAUCUCGGACCUGUCCAUCAACAGCCUCUACUGCCUGUCCGAUGAGAAGCUGAUCCAAAAAAUCAGCUAGAGACCCUCCCCGGGGCAGACUGAGGAGAAGGAAAAGAGCCCAUCCCACCCCUCUCGGAGAGCCGCUCCUCCACAUCCCCACCUUGCCCUCCGUGUCCUGCCGCUGCCUCCCACCUGACUCGGCAGGCAGGGCCGCUGCUGGCCUCGCUCCACCGUCCUUCCUCCUCCUCCCCCGGGACUUCUGCCGAUGAAGAUGUCCCGCCAGGCUGGCCAGUACCAGAGGAGGAACGGGCAAAUGGCAGGGAGCCUCAGCCCGGAGGCUGGCCGCUCCCAAGGCGGAGGUUGUAAUAGAGAUCUCUGUGCAGAGAAAUGGGGCACCCUCUUCCCCCAGCUUUUCCCCUCCUCCCCGUCGUCUCCUUGCCUUGAAACACUUGUCACUUCCCCGUUAGCACAAAGCUUUGAGGGUCAAGGUCUCUCCAAGGAAGCGGGAGCAGAGCUGGAACAAAACGUGCCCCUCUGCCUCUACCACCAGCUCGUCGCUUGCCCCGCGCUCUCGGCCCCCUUACGGUUUCCCUCGUCCGGCUGCAGGGGCUGUGAUCGA